GAAAUUUGAUAGAUGUCAACGUCAACUGUCACAACUUUGAAAAACUUUUCAGUUGCUAUGUUUUUAUUUUAAUGUAAAAACGUGUAGAAAAAAAACUAUUUAAACCAAAAAAGUGAAAAAUCGCCGGCCGAAAUAACUAAUAAUUUAUGGAAAAUAUGUCUGAUAAAAACGUCUGUAGCGACUUUCAAGAAUAUGCAAAUUACCUCAAAGAAAGAACUCAAUUUUUCAAAGAAGAAAAUGCAAGAUUAGAAAUGAUAUUCAAAAGACUGAAAUUAUUAAAUGACGAAAUGAGGAUACCCACAGAUAUUUCAGAAACAGUGUCAGAAAUAAAAGAAGCUCUUUUAAAUAAACUACCAACUACACAAAGCAUGUCCCAAACAGAGAGGCUGAGGAAACACAACAAUUAUCUAUCUAAAUUAAAAAUAUGUAUUAAGAUCUAUGUAAAUAUUAAUGAAAAACUUACUGAAGAUAUCAAAGUAACAAAAAGAGAACUAGAUAAUUCAAAACAAAAACUAAGUGGUCUCAUGAAUGUGAGCUCAGAACAACUACUACAAUUAGAAGAAAAAGCAAAAAGAUAUGAAAAUGAGGUGUUAAAAUUUGAGAAAAAAUACCCAUGGCUAAAAGACCCAAUGUUCAAUUUACCAAAUAUAUCCAAAGAAAUGGAGAAACUGAGAGAAGUGAAGGAGACAAAAGAGAAAUUAGUAAAAGAACUUAGCGUUUAUCAAGAUCUUAAACCUGAUAUUCAUGAAGCAUCACAACAACUAGCUCAGAUCAAAGAAGAACACAAGAAAAUUGGUGUCAGUCUCAACACCACAAUGUGGUGAUAACACUGAUGAGUGACAAAAUGUGAUUUUAUUAAUUAUGAGAUAUGCAAUAAGGUUGUAAUGAGAGCCAAUGUAAGAAAGUUUUAAUUUUUGAGCCCCUCUGUGAAAGCCACGACCAUGCUACAGCUCCCGGAGCGAACCAAGGCCGAUGACAAACGCUGUCGUUGGUCGUACAGCCACAUAAACUUAACGCAGACACGAUUUCUCUGUCACCGGCCAUGGUUCGGUCCGGGAGCUGUACAUUUAUCUCAUUUUAUUUUAUGUAGGAAUCGAAUUUAUACGGAAUGUUUCAUUAAUAAUUGGAAAUAUUUUAACUGUAGAUUCCUUGGCUCAAAAUAUUAAGGUUUAACCAAAUCGCCUAGUUCGAAAAUGCUUUCUAAGAGCCGUUUUACAUGACCGAGAUUUACUUCGAAACUGACGCUGAUAACUACCAUGAAAAAUUAUCUAAUAAAAAUAUUAAAUGUAAAACACGAGAUAUACUCUGAAAUUUCCUAUGAUAAUUUUCAAUAUAAAAAUUUAGAACUUGUUCUAUAUUCUAGAAAGUUUUCAGAGUAAACUGCGCGAGUUUCUGCGCAGAACGUUAAAUAACACGUGUACGAUAACAUAACCUUUAUAAUUACAACACGUGCUGAUUUGUUUAUUCAGUGAAGUAUCUUUGCUGUAUAACCUUCAAAUUAUUAUUUUUGCACAAGAAUUUACUUCUCCAGUUGUCUAUCCAAAUAUAUUACUAAAAGUAAAAAAUAAACAAAUGAAAGUUGUAAGUUGUAACUUAUAACCUUAAAAUAUCAUUUCACAUUUCUUCUUUUCUUAUGUUAGCUCUAACUUAGUUUCCUUUCAUCAGUGGCCUUUAAUUUAUAACAAAAUUCUAUUUAAUGUAACUCACAUUCCACACUACGCAUGCGUUUCACAACAAUUAUGUUACGAUUUAACUGUAGGUGUAAAACAAGGAACAAUGGAAAAAUUAUAUAAUUUUACUACAUAAAUUUUCGCUAUUAUUUUUGAAAUAAUUUUCGAAGUAAAUCUCGGUCAUGUAAAACGGCUCUAUAUUCAGAGAGCUAGAGCUCUUUAAAGAUGGCAUCUUAUAAUUAGUUUUUUUAAGUACCUUCAGAACUCUUUUAUUUAGAAAAACGAAAACUGUUACGCUUAUUUAUCUUUCAGAGAUAAAUGGAGUCCAUAAAUUGCGAAUUUGUAGUACCGGUCAUAGACGUCCGUUUUGGGUAGGGCAACGAUUAUUUUAUCGCAUAACUUUUUCAACUUGAACUUUUAAGCUGAUUUUUGACACUGGUUUAAUAAAUUGUGAGGUAUUCUAGUACUAAAAGGUACUCUUGCUUUAAGACGGUAGAAUACACCGUUUUCUAGAAAAAUCAAAUGAAAAUUAUUCGUUUUUUGAAUUUAAAAUUUUUUUCAAAAAAAACCUAUUUACAAAAACGAAAUCUGGUACGUUUAUUUACCUUACAGUGAUGAAUCGAUUUCAUCAAUUGCGAAUUUCUAGUACCGGUUAGAUGCGUCGGUUUUGGGUAGGCCGACGGUUAUUUUAUCGCAUUUUUUUGUGUUUAAUUUUUAAGCAUAUACACUCGCGAUCAUAAAAAUCGGGUCACUCGAUGAAUUAUUCAAGUUAGAUGUCUCGAAUUUUCUAAACCUGUUGUCCGAUGUGAGUGAUUUUUUUAGUAUGUUAUAGCCUUAUUCUUUAACAAUAUCGCCAUAAUAAUAUUGUUGCUAGACAGGUAAAUUGUCAUUGUAUACCGGGUGUAACAAUCAUACUGUGUUUAUUCCUCAAAGUUCGAAACACCCCGUAGAAUGUUUUAGCAUAGAUACAAUAUUGAAAUUAAAACUCGAUUCUAGCCUUAGGCUUUCUUAACAUUUCCUUUUUUAUUUAUUUGUUUAUGUUGGGUAAUAAAAAAGUUAGGCACCUUAACAACUAACCCUGUUCUUCAUCAAUACAGGGUGUUUCUAAAUAAGUGCGACAAACUUUAAGGGGCAAUUCUGCAUAAAAAAUAAUGACCGUUUGCUUUAUAAAUGUAUGACCGCAAAUUUUUCGGUUUCGAGAUACGGGAUGUUAAAUUUUUUCUUACAAACUGAUGAUUUAUUUAUUGCUCUAAAACCGUUUGAGAUAUGCAAUGGAAAUUUGGUAGGUUUUAAGAGAUAGUUAUUGCGCAUUUUUUGACAUACAACUAAGAAUUUUAUAUUCACCAUUGGCGUGCAUACGGGAUGUAUCUAAAAUGUUUAUACCCGUAUGCACCAAUGGUGAAUAUAGAAAUAUUAAUUGUAUGUAAAAAAAUCCACAAUAACUGACUCUUAAAACCUACCAAAUUUCAGUUGCAUAUCUCUAUUGGUUUUAGAGCAAUCAAUAAAUCAUCAGUUUGUAAGAAAAAUUUCAACAUCCAGUAUCUCGGAAACGAAGCAUUUGCGGACAUAUGUUUAUAAAGCAAACUGUCAUUAUUUUUUCAUACAGAAUUACCACUUAAAGUUUGUAGCACUUAUUUAGAAACACCCUGUAUUGAUGAAGAGCAUGGCUAGUUAUUAACGUGCUUAACUUUUUUAUUAUCCAACAUAAACAAAUAAAUCAAAAAAGGAAAUAUUAAGAGACCUUAACGCUACAAUUGAGUUUUAAUUUCAAUAUUUUAUAUAUGCUAAAACAUUCCACAGGGUGUUCCGAACUUUUAGGAAUAAACACAGUCUGAUUGUUACACCCGGUAUACAAUGACAAUUUACCGGUCUAGCAACAAUAUUAUUAUAGCGAUAUUGCUAAAGAAUAAGGCUAUAACAUAUAAAAAAAUCACUCAAAUCGAACAACAGGUUUAGAAAAUUCGAAACAUCUAACUACAAUAACUCAUCGAGUGACCCGCUUUUUAUGAUCGCGAGUGUAUUAUUAAAUUAUGAGGUAUUCUAGUACUAAAAGUUACUCUUGCUUAAAGUCAGUAAAAUAGGUACCUACACCGUUUUUUUGAAAAAAAUUUUCAAAUUAAAAAACGAAAAAUUUUCAAUCGUUUUUUCUAGAAAACGGUGUAUCCUACCGACUUAAAGCAAGAGUACAUUUUAGUACUAGAAUACCUCAUAAUUUAUUAAUCCAGUGUCAAAAAUGCCUAAAAAUUAACAUUCCGCAACUAACAUAGAUUUUCUGAACAUUAAAGCUAACAUCGGGUCUCAGAGACCGACAUAAAAAAUGUUUCCAUUGACACACUUUCAAGCGUAGGAUUGUGUUUACUUACCGAAGGAGUAAAAUUAAACAUAAAUUAUACCUAUUUUUAAAUUAUUAAACCUUUUUAACAUUAGCAAAGUACCGAAGAAAAUAAAACAAUCACAUAACAUCUGAUUUGUCAAAAACAACCUCAAUAUUUCCAUUGCUGUUUUCUUGUACCUAGGUUCACUUUUUACUCCUGGCAAUUGGGUUACUAAAUUAUCAGCAGUUGUUUGCACGGUCUUUCGUUAAUCUAAAUAUUUUUUUCAUCGAGUAGAUCAUGGGUCCAACAUGGGUCUCUGAGACAAGAUUUGCCGAUAAUUGCAUAAUUAGUUGACACUGUAGACUCAAACUUCAACACUAAAAACAGGCAUCUAAAUCGGGCAGCUACUGAUGGCGGCGAAGAUUCAUAACGAACGAUUUGGAUAUAAUCGUAAAAACUUUAACUGGUCGGUCUCACAGACCCAAUGUUAGUCAUGGAAGGUUAAAGACAAAAAAGGUAUACGAUAAAAUAACCGUUGCCCUUCCCAAAAGGGACGCCUGUGACCGAUAUUAGAAAUUCGAAAAUUAUUGAAUCGAUUUAUCUCUGGAAAAUAAAAAAGCGUACUUUCGUUUUUUCUAAAUAGAAGCGUUCUGGAGGUAUUUAAUAAAAAAACCUAAUUAAAAGGUGCCAUAUUUAAAGAGCUCUAGCUCCUUUAGGAAGCAUUUUCGAACUAGGUGAUUUGGGUUAAAACUUAAUAUUUUGAACCCAGAAAUCUACGGUUAAAAUAUUUCCAAUUAUUAAUAAAACUCCCGGUACAAUAAAUUUACAAAAUAUUUUAUAGUGACUGAUUUUUUUCAUAAAAACAAUCAACAUGUACACCAAGAAUGGGUUAGACUAUUGAAAAUGGAUAAGGAAUUGAGAGAAGACGGAAUUAUUAAUCUGACAAAGCAAAUACUAGCAUGGCGCUACAUUUAAGAUUUUUAUACACAAAAAUAAGCCAACAGUUACAUAAAAUGGGGAGAAAAAUAUAUGAGGCGUAUUUAUAAUUGGAAAGAAAAUCAUUCACUAUCUCAUUUGCUAAUUAUAAUCCUCUAAUAUGUGAUGUACAUUGAAUAGGGAACUUGCAUAAAAUUUUAAAUUCGAAAAAAAUGUUAUAAAUCACAACAGAACAUAAUUAAAAACAUAUAUCAAAGAUAAAAAAGUUUUGUUUGGCUUUCGUUUGGCCCCUAAAGACGAUUAAAAAUUCAAAUUAUUCCAGCCAGGCCAAAACGCGUCGUGACGCCAUCCGUUUAUAAUAUCCAACAAAGUAAACAGAAUUUUAAAUUAGACGUUAUAAACGUCAGUAGUAAAUACAGUUAUGUGGCAUUGCAAGGGUUUGUUUCAACUAUUCAUAGAAAACUUGUACUUUUACAAAAUGGUAUUAUUUUCCGUAGUAAACCUCCUUUCCUUUCCUUCAAUAACUAUAUCAAACUCCAAUGUCAACAAACUGGUAUAUAUUAUUACAAUGACAUACGAUAAAUGUUAAUAGAGUAUAAAUAUUUUUCCUUUAUUCCGUGACGAGGUAUACCCAAGUAGGUGGAGGCCAAUAAACUAAAGAAGAAGAAGAAUAUACGUAAUUAUAACCAUAAACGGAACCAUAUAGUUAAACUGUGUGACGUCACGGGUCGUUUGAACUAUUUUAAAAUACAGAAGACUUUAAAUUUGUACUUCUAACGGCCGGUUUCACAAAGUAAAGUUAACUUGUGGUUAAGAGAUAACCAGAGGUUACCCCAAAAUAUGCGUUUUAGUUUCAGGUCAACGGCGAACUAUGAUUAACUUACAGAAUUUUUAACCAGAGGUUGGAGUGGGUUACCCUUAUGGGUAAACCCAGAAGGGUGCAAUUAUGAAACUGAAACGCAUAUUUUGGGGUAAUUUUGAGGUUAUCUCUUAACCACAAGUUAACUUUACUUUGUGAAACCGGCCGUAAGUUAUUAUGAGUUUUUGAAGCGUAAAAUUUUGGAAAUCUCAUUUUUAUACAAAACUGAACAUUAUUAUGUAAUAAAAAAAAUGUGUAAGUUCCCUAUUAGAUGAUAGGGGGCUAGGAUAGGGUAAAGAUUUCGCAAAAGUCAGAUUCUGAUUGUUUCCUCGUUGUUGUCAAUUAGAGUGCCGGUUAUCAACUCGGUAUUCAACCGAAAUAAACUUUUUGUCAAAUUAAACUUUUAUUUUGUUUGUUCUUUAAUAUUUCCUGACAGGCUUGGGGUAACAACAUGAAAUUUGGGGGGUUUUUUGGGACGAGAAAUAUAAAUUAGCCAGCAAAAAUGAUGUAUUACCCAGAGGGCGCCACAUACGUCUUUCAGCGCUCAUUUAAUACGUUCAAUGUUUUUAUCCCCCACUCUACAUAGUUUUUGAAUCAAAGCUUUUAUUCCCCUAUUAUAUUUACUUAAAAAAAGGUAUACUACAUUCAUUUCGCUAAACUCGCGUUUUCGAGAUAAACGCAUUUUAAAUCAGCUAUGCAAAAUAAUUUUUUGCCUAAUAUCAUUGUAGUUACACCCGAAAAAUAAACUUAAAACCAUAAUUUCCAAAAAUGUAUCGGCAAUUCUUUCAAAUAGAGUUAGCGAUGCAAUGACAUAAAUUUGAAAAUUUGCACAAUUACUAUGGUUUUUAGUUUAUUUUUCGUGUGUAACUACAAUGAUAUUUUAUGUAAAAAAUUAUGUUGCAUCGCAGAUUUAAAAUGUGUUUAUUUCGAAAACGGUUGAAUUUAUCGAGAUGAAUGUAGUAUAUCUUUUUUAUGUAAAAAUAAUAAAAGAAAAGUUUUGACUCAAAAAGUAUGUAGAGUGGGGGAUAAAAAAAUUGAACGUAUUAAACGAGCGCUGAAAGAUGUAUGUGGCGCCCUCUGGGUAAUACAUCAUUUUUGCUGACGAAUUCAGAUUUCUAAUCACAAGAAACCCCCGCUUACCAAAUUUCGUGUUAUCACAUGCCUGUCAGGAGAUAUUCAAGAAUAAAUAAAAUAAAAGUUUAACUUUGACACCUUGUAUUUCGGUUAUUAUCAACUUUCGUACUAAAGUAAGUUAGCUUAAAUCGACAUAUUUUAAGCUCAGGAAUCUAAGGUUACCAAAGACCCAUUCGCUACUAAACACCCUGUAUCUGGAGUUGGUUCCUGUGAUAACACAUAAUCGUUGAGGUUAACAGAUUUUUGAGAAAAAAGAAGGAAGAAGAAGGAAAUAAAACUGCGUUAAUUGGUUCCGCCCGAAUAGUAGAUAAUUGUUAAGGUUGACACUUUCAGACCAACAGUCACGGUAUUCUUUUUCUCAUAGGCAUCAUCUUUCAGUGCGUCACAGUUUUUCGAUUUCUUUCUAACGCAUUACAUUGUAUGUGACAGAAAAAAAGGCACGUUCGUGAUUACGGAUAUUUAAAACAUUUAUUCUAGUUGUCGAUGGAUGGCGCUAUAAUCGAAAAAAAUUAUUUACGAAUUAUAUAAUAUAUCUACGAAUAUAAUCUGUACAAUUUAUAAGACUAUACAAAUCAAAGAAAAUACCAUUUUAUAAAUGCAAUAAACACAAUUGAUUUGUUUUUAUGCCAAAUUGCAAAUAAAAUGUAACAGCUGUCAGAUUUAACUAAAGUGUCAUGUUAGAAUAAAUGUUAUAAAUGUGUAUUAUCACGGACUUAACUUUUUUUCUAUCAUUUGUGACGCACUGAAAAUGCUCAUGAAAAGGACUAUACGCUCUGAGGUUCGCUGGUGUCGCUCCUAGCGGAUUACUAAUGCAACUUUCACCGGUAAUUUUUAAAUUUAUUAUUUAAUUGUUAUCGCUCAAUAUUUACAACGCAAAAAAGUAAUUAAAUUGUAAUCGAUUUUUUAAAGAUUUUGCUAAUCAUUUUAACGUUCUAUUAACGAAAUAUUAAUUUCUUACUUCGGAUACUUUCACAAUUAUCUGUAGAUGGCGGUUAGAUUAAUUUAUAAUUACAUAUUAUGAAAUAUUAAAAAAAACUUAAAUUCAGUAUUUAAAACGUAAGUAUAUUUAAGGUAAAAAUAUACACCACAGCUUUGACCAACUAAUAUUAUGUCCUAUCAAUGUUUUUAAUUUCAAUGUUUUAAAUUAAUCACUUUGAUAUUUAUGUCAAAUUUCCAGUAAAAGCUUACAUACUUGUCACUACUGGCGCUCGCGAAUUUUUAAUUAUCCCCUCUACCUACGAGCUCAUAGCGUAUACGAUCAAACCACAGUCAAAUCGCCGUUAAGUCAAGGGGCAACCCAUUCACACACACAGUCUGGGCAGAUCACCGUCAGUUUGCGCAGACAUUCAGGUCGAUCAAGAUUUUAGAGAGUUUUUAGUAUUGCAGCGAAUUGACUAUUAUUGCAUUCUUCUGAGAUAAUUAGAAUGAACCAUAUAACGACAAUAUUAUGUGAAUGGUAAUUAUACCUUUUAUAGGAUUCAAAUCUACAAUUUUCAUAUUGUCGGAUUCAAAUGCUUAGGUAUUUAUUUUUGUAAGCUAUUUGGUAUUUUAAGAAAAAUUUAAAAAUAUUUUUAUAAUAAUACACUGACCGGCACAAAAAACGGCCACCCCACAAAAUGGAUAAUUUUUGAUGUCUCGAAUUUCCUAAAUCUGUUGUCCGAUUUAAGUGAUUUUUUUAAUAUGUUAUAGUCUUAUUCUUGAACAAUAUCGCUGUAUUAAUAUUGUUUUUCUACAACCGUGUUAAAAAUGCAAUUUUUAGCACUCCAUACGAGCGUUAAAAAUGCUACUUUAAGGCACUAGUGCUUUAAAAUUUUUAAGGCACUGCAGUUCGUAUUUAUCAAAUAGGCAAUUUUGAUGUAAUGUCAAAAAAAUAUAAAAAUGGAAUGUCAGUCAAAUUCAAGUAAAAGUUUUUGUAGAUAUUGUUCUGUAAUUACGUUAGUAAAAAAAAUAUUGUAUGAUAUGCGUGUUAAAAAGUACAUUUUUAAGGCACUCAUGUGAAUUGCAGAACUCGCUUCGCUCAUUCUGCAAACUUUCACAUGCGUGCCUUAAACGUGUACUUUUAACAGUUAUAUCAUAAAUAACUAUUUAAGACAGGUAAAUUAUCAUUGUUUACCAGGUGUACCAAUCAAACUGUGUUUUCUUCUUAAAGUUCACCACACCCUGUGGAAUAUUCUAGCAUUUAUAAAAUACUAAAAUUAAAACUCAACUAUAGCCUCGGGUUUUUUAACAUUCUGUUUUUUUAUUCAUUCGCUUAUGUUGGAUAAUAAAAAAGUUAGGUACUUUAACAACUAGCCAUGUUCUUCAUCAUGCUUUUAAAUAAGUGCGACAAACUUUAAAGGCUAAUUAUGCAUGAAAAAAUAAUGACCGUUUGCUUUAUUAACAUAUUAUGUCCGCAAAUGCUUCGUUUCCGAGAUAGGGAUGUUGAAUUUUUUCUUACUUUUGACGUUUUAUUUAUUGCUCUAAAAACCGGUUGAGAUAUGCAAAUGAAAUUUGGUAGGUUUUAAGAGUUGCUAUUGCGCAUUUUUUGACAUACAAUUAAGAAUGUUAUAUUCACCAUUGGCGUGCAUGCGGAUGCGCCAAUGGAGAAUAUAAAAUUCUUAAUUGCAUGUCAAAAAAUGUGCAAUCACUGUUUCUUAAAACUUACCAAAUUUCAUUUGCGUAUCUCAACCGGUUUCAGAACAAUAAAUAAAUCGUCCAUUUGUAAGAAAAAAUUCAACAUCCCGUAUCUCGGGAACGAAGCAUUUGCGGACAUAUGUUAAAAAAAGCCAACUGACAUUAUUUUUUCAUGCACAAUUAGCCGAUAAAGUUUGUCGCACUUAUUUAAAAACACCAUGUAUUGAUGAAGAACAUGGCUAGUUGUUAAAGUACCUAACUUUUUUAUUAUCUAACAUAAGCAAAUGAAUCAAAAAACAGAAUGUUAAAAAAACCUGAGGCUAUAGUUUAGUUUCAACUUCAGUAUUUUAUAAAUGCUAGAAUAUUCCACAGAGUGUGGUGAACUUUGAGUAAAAAACACAGUUUGAUUGGUACACCCGGUAUACCAUGAUAAUUUACAGAAUUGUUACAGAAUAAGGCUAUAACAUAUUAAAAAAGUUACUUAAAUCAGACAACAGGUUUACAAAAUACGAGACAUCAAAAAUGACCUAUUUUGUGGGGUGGCCGUUUUUUGUGCCGGUCAGUGUAUAUAGUCGUGAAUAUAUUUCCUUCUAUAAUUGAACAUAAUUUCUUGUGGCAUGUGAAUAAACUGUAGUUUCCUGUCAUUUUUCUAAUCGAUAAAUCGUAGGGUAAUUUUUAUUCACGAAAGCACUCAAUUAAUUUUUCGUUCUCCAUUGUUAACAAAAGCUACGAAAAUACGGUACAUCCACUGAAAACAGGUUACUGACUGACUGUCGUAUUCACACCAGCCCGGCCGGUGGUCCAGUCCAGUCACAGCUUUGGUCGUUGGCAGAUCUAUCGGACGGGCAGUGACUGACUGUACCGUGACUGUGACCUUACGGUACCCCUGCGUGGGUAUUACUUCAUUUGAAAACCACAAAAGCGAUCUUGACUGUACCGUAUCUGACUGUGACUUAACUGUUGGUCUGAAUCAACCUUUAAUAGCCCCGUUUCACCGAUUGUACUGACUGUCUGCAACACGUAAAAGCUGAAAUGAUAGCUUUUAUUUUUAUGUUAAAUGAUUCAAACAAAUUGGUUUUAAAUAGAUGACAAAUAAUUUAUUUGGCUCUCAAUUGUAGUGGUGGGUUUAGUUUUUUUGUAAAUAUUUAUGUCUUGUAAAAAUUGGUUUCAAUCAACUGAUGGUGUGGAGUGCAGUGAUUGAAGGAGUAAUUUAAUUUAGUAUAUACCUGUAAUUGGAAUAUUUUCUUAGUUAGAUUACUUAGUUAGAUUUUAUAGUUCGCGACUUUAAAAUAGGUAUAUUAUUUUUGUACAUUUUAUAAGUGAAUAAAUUUUUUUAAUAACUGA